AUGAAUGACUCGUCCCAAUUAUCGGCUAAUUAUGAGGAGGGCAUCAGCGAUUAUUGGUUCGCCAUCAUCGAACUGAUCUACGUGGCGGUGUUCGCCGGCUCGGCGUAUUUGGUGCGCGCCUCGAAUCUGAUGAAGACCGACGACGACGCGGUGACGUCGCAUCACAAAUUCCAUGAUUUGCGGAUUCGCAAACAAGAGGAGGAGCUGAUCGCGACGCAAAAAACCCAGCUUCAUCCGAUCGAUAUUUCCGAAAAUGUAGCCGAUUGGGAUGCCGAUUUUGCUGCCCAUAUCCGAAUUGAGCUCGAUCGAUAG